AUGCUAGACCCUGAGCAUGAGCAUUCAUAUAAGUUAACCGAAGUUUUGAGAGAGAGCAAAACUUCUGCGUACAUGCGUGACAGAGAUGGCUUAACCCCUAUUCUAAGAGCAGCUCACUGUGGUCAGAUAUGGCUAGUUGCUCGGAUUGGUAAAAUGUAUCCAAAAUCAAUAUAUAUAAGUGAUUACAAAGGGAAAACAGUGCUGCACCAUCUAUGUAGUUCAGCCUUAGAUGUGGUCAAUGAGUUAGAAACCGUAUUACAACUAUGGGAGCAAGUUUCCGAGACGUUUCCUAAUGGCGAUGACCUGAUGUUCUCACAAGAUCAUGAUGGAAACACACCAUUACAUAUUGCCAUCAUGGCUCAGAACUUUAGAGUUGUACAUUAUUUCAUCAGAUAUUAUAUUAAGGUAAAGUCGAGCUUAAAGAAUGAGUUGAUGGGUCUUAUGAACAAUGACGGAAAGUCAAUCAUGAAUUUAGUUACAUGUGGAUCAGACAUUCCCCCGAACCUGAAGAAAUUGAUAGAACAAGCAAGUAUGGAAACUCCAAUGGAGGACGAUAUCUAUGAGGCAGCUACAAAAGGAGAUAUCAAUGUGAUUAAGGAACAUAAAUACCGCUUGCAAUGUCAAGCACAUGAUGGAAGUAAUAUCUUGCAUAUAGCAGUUCGGCACAGGAAAUUAUCCUUACUUAUGGCAGUUGUAGAAAGGAGCUACUUAUAUCCUCUUAUCUAUUGGGAGGACUCUAAAGGAGAUACCCCUCUACACGUCGCUGCUGGGUUACAAGCGCCUGAAGCAUUACAAUUCGUUGAACAAUGUGUCAAAAAGUGGGAUCCGUAUGACGGACUCCUACCAUGGACAGUGAGAAAUAUGAAAGGAAAUACGGUCCUUCAUGAAGCAGCAAGGUUUUGUAAUUAUGAGUUUAUAUCAUCAGCAUUAAAAUACGCCACUGACAUCAAUGAUGUGAAGCUAAAUCAAAAAAUCAUCAAGGAUGUGAAUGACGAUGGUGAGACUGUUCUGCAUAUAAUAGCAAGAUAUGCCACAUAUAAAGCAAAGGAUUUCUUAGAGAAAGUUUCAAGAUAA